AUGUCUAAGGAAUACUCAGAUGUGUACGAGCGAAUACAAGCGUGCAUGUUAAUAAGUAUUUGACAUUUAAUUUCAGAGUUCAAACAAUUUUGGCUGAGAAUUUAUUUUAUAAAUCUGAUAUCUCUGCUGUUCAGAAUGCAGCUGCGGGAUAUUAUAUUCUUCGUUGCGCUGCUUGGUUCAAUACCGUUUGGCCACUUUGUAAAACAGAUCAAAUCUCCGUCUCGAAAGCGAUUCAUUUGCACUGUUGCUGGAGUCUUUCUUGUUUUAUUUCUAAAUGGAUUUCAAGAUUUCUGGCACUCAUUCCUAACUAUACUUGGCACUUACUGCAUUUGCAAAUCGUCCAGGUAAUAAGUGCUUUAACUAUUAAGAUAGCAUAGAUUGUAGAAGGAAUUGUGUCAAGAUUUUAACUAUAAUUUAUUGGAUCAAAUAUUGUAGUAUACGACCCCCUCAUUCAUAAAGUUAUGAACGCUGUAUAGAAAUGCUUUGUUCUUUAUUGAAAACUAGAUUGCUUAUUAUUGUUCAUUUUUGUCCAAUUCUUGAUAUGAUUUAAAGUUGUUUUGGGUAAAUAACACGGGAUUUAUUAAAGAAUACUUCUAUAGAGCGCUAACUUAUGGGGGGUGAUCUCUCAAAUGUAUAUUUGCUUAGCUGCAUGUAUAGGUUUUAAUAUCCUGAUUUGUCGUGAAGUUUUACGAAAUUUAAACACUAUCAAACGUUUGUUUGCAUCGCAUCUGCGUAUUUAUGUCACUUACGGAUGUUAUAUUUUAAGAUUUGUAAAGAAUAAGCGAUUGUAAUAUUGUAUUUCCCAGUUGAAUGUAACGUAAUGAAUUUAUUCAUAUUACAGUAAAUAAUGCAUUAUAUUUUUUAGAUCAGUUAGAUGGUGUAAUUGGAUUUCCUUCCUCUGUGUAUUUGGCUACUUAUUCUUCUUCAGAGCCUGUACAUACGUUGGACUACCUCAUCCCUCGGCUUAUACUGACAAUGUUCAACUGUUUAUAACUCUUAGAGUAAGUAAUUCUCCUCAACUUGAUAUCACUAGCUUCCUUAUAAAUUAUUAACAUGCACAAAUGCUAGAAACUUGCAAGAACACAUAUCGACAUCAUAGUAUAAAAUAGUAAUUUUAAUAUGUUUAAGUUCACUUUUAAUAUGUAAAUGCUAUUGGAAAUACUUAUUUGCUGCUUUUGAGAUGAUAUUGACAAUUUGGUUUGUUUCUAAUAGUUAUUCCAAAUAAUGUUAUAAUUUAUUUUAAAUGCAAAUUGCUGAGAAUUGACAAUACCACAUUCUUACAAUAAAUUGCUGAGAUACAAAACCCUUCACAGGGAAACUCAAAAGGUGCAUGUUUACGAUUUACACAUUUAAUUUGUCCGGCUGAUUUUAGGUUUUGUCAAAUGUUAGUGAUGAAUAUAUUUUCCCUUGAUAAUGUUGUCAGCAGGGUAACAAACAACAGGUGUCAAAUCUGCUUUAAUUGGAAUCAGUGGCGUAACUGGAGGGUGUCCAGAGUGUGCAUUGGGCCUCCCGAACAAGUGGCCCCAAAAAGCAGGAAUUACUGAAAAUAUUUGGAACCUUUUUUUAGUAGACAUGGAUCAUGGGGACAAUUUUUUGACUUUUUAAAAAAAUUUUCGACCCCCUUUUUCAGUGAAUAUAGUCUGAAAUUAUCCCCCCCCCCCUGUUGCUGACCGGUGUCGCAGGAAACCAUACCCCUACCCUGACAACCUCUCAGGAAUUCUCAGAAAUAAAUUUUGGUUGCGUGUCGCUCAUUUUAUACUUGCAUCAUUUCAACGAUGAUAAUUCGUACUAAAUUUGAAGAUUUGUAGCCAGAAUUGUACAAACAAAGGGAAUUUGUGAAAUGUUUCUUCAAGUAAGAAUCUGGAUUUGUACAGCAAUGUACAGUAUGUCUUAGUAAUUAUAGUAUGAUAAGUGCUAUUUCAGAGACCCCUUGGCUAACUUCCAGAACCCCUUGGCUAACUUGUUCCUGCACAGUAGCGUAGCCAGAUCUUCAUUUUUAGGGGACCGUCUAGGGGGGUCCGUCUAGGGGGGUCCGGGAGGUGUAAAAUUUUGAAAUAUAUUGGGAAAAUUUUGAAAUCUAGAGUCCCUGUAACCUGAGUAUCGGGCUCGAUUUUACAAAUAGAGUUUAUAUUUAGUAUCCAAUCAAAAUGUCGCAGGAGAAAUUUAAAUUUCACACAACGACAACAACAAUCUAAUUAUAGCAUAUAGGCAGCACUAAACGGCUGAAUUUAAAUUAAAACUGCAAUGAACUUAUAACAUUAACAAAAAUAAUCACAAAUUAGCAAAAUAUAUUGCAAAUGUAGCUUAUAUUAAAUCGCCACCCGAUUGCUCUCUCCUCCGCAGAGGUUUCAGUGACUACAAUGAGCUUUACAUGGCGCUUACCUUUUUUAUCAACAAACUGACGUAUAAUUAUAAAGUAUAUGUAUAUUAAGUAUACUUUAUAACUAUACGUCAGUUAGUCGAUAGUGCAAUCUGAUGGCGAUUUAAUAUAAGCUAUAUUUGCAAUAUAUUUUGCUAAUUUGCGAUUAUUUUCUAAUUUUACUGCAGUUUUAAUUUAAAUUCAGCCGUUUAGUGGGCCGGCUAUAAUUGUAGUUGUGAUCGUUAUAAAAUAUAUCAACAACAAUAGUAUAAUCUCAUUAGCACCAGCCAAUCAAAUGACAGAUUUAAAAAAUCGUUUGUCUAGUUGGCCAAUCAGCGCUCAGUCCAGAUUCUGGACUGAAUAACCAGGCAAAAUGCCGCUUUUGUGUCAGGCCGUACUUUUCUCCCCUUCGCCCGCGAUCAGGCGUGCCUGUGCCCUAAAAAGUACGGCCAGAUACUCAGGUUAGAGUCCCUGAAAUGCGAUUUUCAAGCAUUUGGGGGUUGAAAUCUUGCAGAAUUCAGAAGAUUAUAAAGUACAUCAAAGACAUAAAUUUUCCCAGACGUUUCUACUCGGAAUUAAAUAAAUUGGAAAAGUCACCUUGAAAAACAGAAGGAGGGUUCAGUUUCACACUAUUUCCUCUCUGUGGAGAAAAUCCCAAUGUGAUUUAAUUUGUGAAUUUAAAUUAUUCCAGGUUCUACGAGACACCAUUUUUGUAUUCUCAAAAUUGUGUUGCUUUUUUAUACAAUACAGAAUAAGUCUGAGAAGAAUUAAUAUUCAUGCCAUGAUAAUGCAUACAUGUGAAUUUAAACAAAUCUAUUCUUCUUGAACCGAUCUAAUCUACAACUGCUUUAACAAGAUUUUACAAAUCAAGUUCCUUCAGUAAGUGAAUUGUUUUCCCUCAGUCAAGACUUACUUAAUCAGUUUCCAGCUUGGCAUAACGGGUAAUCUCCCCAAUUUUUCACGGAUUUAGCCUUUUCAGAGAAUGGUUUUUGUGCAUGCAUGGGGCUACGCCACUGUUCCUGCGGCCCUUGCUUUUGCCCCACCACUGAAGAAUCCUUAAAAAAUGCAAUGAGGCAAGUUGACAAUAAAGGGGUACGUGCAAGAAACCUGGGUGGCUUGAAAUGACAGUGUACAAUGCUUGUUGGUGACUAAUUAGAUAUAUAAUCUCCACCACACCUAUCUAGAUUAAUAAUAUUAUAUCUGGAUGCACCCUACUUUAUUAAUUUACCAAUCAAGCAAAUUAGGCAAAAAGGUCUCCAUACUCAUGGCAUCUUCAGAACAAGGGGGCGUCUUGAAUGUAUAGGCUAAUGUUUUGCAUAUAAAAACAAAAUGACAGAUACAGUAGCUAAACUGUUAAACAAUUCAAUUGAAAAUAAUUUUUCACAUGUCAAAUAAAUAUCAUGAUAGGCAUACAGUAUUAGGAACAAAUCUUUGUGAAACAUGAUGCCAACAAAACAAGAAAGGUAACUUUAAAGUGACAGACAAAACAAAGUAAAUUAAUUUCAAAUUGGUACAUGUUAGUGUUAUUUUUGAAUGGAUUUACACAAAACUGCACCAAAACUCUGUCAAUUAAAUUACUAAUAAUAUAAUACCUACAGUACAUACUGUAUACUAUGUUUAAACUUGCAUGCAUCUUCAUAUGAGCCAUAUGUUUCUUAAAUAUUUUGAAACAUUUGUUAGGAUCUCUCUGAAAAUCUCAUCUUGUUUGCUUGUUGCUGUACUAGAACAUUUGUUGAGGUAUCAGAGGUUUAUCUUUUGUAAACAAAGAUACUAAUCAUUUCCAGUUUACAAAAAUGUUUAAGACUUCAAAAGGAAUAUAAUAAAGUUAAUUGAACUUUGUGUUGUGCAAGUUUGGUCUGAACUCUGAAAUCAAAGUUGGGAUUAAUUACACUCCUGCUUUGUGCAAUUUUGUAAUCACACAUUUGAUUACAGACCAAAUUGCACUCAGUUCAGUUAACCAUUAUUUAUUAUAUUAUUUAAAAAUCAAUGCUGUUUUCGAAUUCCUGCAGUCUGAUUGGCCCUUAGCACUGUGAUUUCAGCACAAAUCACACUCAAAAGUGAAAACAGAAACACCUAUAAAGCGACAGGCAAAACAAGGUAAUUUAAGUCCCUAUCAAAUUAUCUGUAAAACCUAUCGUAUAUUUAAACUUACUUGUGUUGUCUUUUAUGACUACAUAAAUCUCUUUAACUCUUGAAAACUUUUCACAAUUUUUCCAUUGAUGUAUAAUUACAAUUUGAAUAAAAGUUCUGCUUAUUACUGUGUAGGUGUGUCUUUUGCAAACAAAAAAAUGUUUCCUGUGUACAAAAAUGUUUUAGGUUUCAAAAAUGUUUAAAAUAAAAAGUGGAAAUUGAACAUGCAAUUUUGGUGUGAAGUCAAAACUUGUGAUUACAAACCGCCUACGCACAAUUUUGUAUCAGUCAUGUGUUUGAUUUCACACCAAACUCUACUCACUUCAAUGAAUGAUUAUAUUUGUUUUUUCCAUAUAGAUGGUUGGACUGGCGUUUGAAAUUCAUGAAACAUCUGUGGCUAAGAAGUCAAACACUGCAGAUGAGUCUGAAAAGACUGAGAUGAAUGAUGAAGAGUUACAGGAUAUGUCAUUUUACCACUUUCUUAGCUAUGGUUACUGCUACUGUGGGAUAUUCACUGGACCAUACUAUAAAUACAAGACAUACACUGAUAUGUUAAAGCAGUCAAACCCGGACAAAAUUCCUUCUCUUGACCUGGCAUUGAAAUGGCUUACGUAUUUACCAUUAUUUGUCGCUGGUUAUGCUAUCUUUAGUCAAUGGUUUCCAGCAUAUUUAGGCAAAGAUCAGUUUCACAACCAAUCAGUUCUUGUACAGAUAUUUCUACUUGCCUUGGCAGACAUUCGCUUCAGAUGUAGAAUAUACAUUGCUACUCACAUGUCAGAAAGUAGUGCUAUGACAUUAUGUCUUGGAGCAUAUCCAGUUGAGUCACGUCCUAAACCUGGGCAAGGUCCCACCAAAGCCAUUGAGGACAGUUCACAGAAACAGAAGGAAGAAGAAAAUACUGACCUGGUAACUACAGACAAUAAGUACAGGUAUAUGUUUCUGUAUAUUAUCUACAAUUGGUUGAGAAAUACUGCUUGAACUAUAAUAUUGAAAUAAUUUUGUGUUUUUAAUUUAAAUCAAGGAUCACACAAGAGGUUUUUGAUAAUACUUUUAUUUUAGCUACAUGUACAUACGUUUCGGAUAGUUUACUAUCCGUCCUCAGGCUAACAAAUUGUUCUUACAUUGUAAGAAUGUAAGAGCAAUUUGUUAGCCUGAGGACGGAUAGUAAACUAUCCGAAACGUAGCUAAAAUAAAAGUAUUAUCAAAAACCUCUUGUGUGAUCCUUGAUUUAAAUUAAAAAAACAAAAUUAUUUAAUAUGAACAGAGGUGAAAGUUUCAGAAAAGCAACUAUAAUAUUUCAUUGCCAUUUACUGUACUACAUGUACAGUAUGAUAUUUCUGUAAUAUGUGCGCAAUAGAUGCAGAAAUGUGCGUGAUUUACUAUACAUGAGUCGUCUUGUGACGUCAUCUGGCAUAAAGCCUGCCGUACACGAGCGAAACUUGCUGAGCUACUGUAACCGCUUUGCGUGGGGCGGCUAUAGCUUAGCUACUGUAUGUUACCACACACAUUGGGAAAACUACUCAACAGGUCAGCAACGUCUUUAAUAAGAUCGUUUGUAUUUCCCUCCAUUCUCGCCAUUUUGACCAAAAUCACGUGACGAAACUAUGGAUUCUCAUUCGCUAGUUAAUUCAGGCAGGUCAGUGCUCACUAAGCUCACAACAUCCGCAGACGUUGAGAUUUUUUCAUCGCAAGGUGAAAAUAUCAAGCACGAUAGAUAUUUUUCUCAAGGCGUCGAGAGGUUAAAUCCUAACGAAAACUAUCCGCACACGGGAGAAAGCAUGUUUCAGCGCGUUUCUCGGAGAGUGUUGAUAUGUGUACUCUUCUGAUGUGUGUAUUCUCUUUCAUACAAGUGAAAUUGUACUAUGGGGUCAGUUGUGCGAAGACCAGAUAGCGCUAUUCAACGAAUAGUGAUUUUUAAAAAUUGUCUAUUGAUAACCCAGAUUAAACUUUUUAAUUAAUAUUUAUAAAUUAAAGUUCCUUUUUACUAAUUGUGAGAUCCAUAUCGGUAGCAUGUGUGCUUUUCAACCAUUUUCACGAAGGGUCUGUGCCAAUAAUAACAAAACUUCGGUUAGGAAUGCAACUACCAGAAAAAUACAAGGAGAAAUUCGACGUUUCGGGAAGGUACUACUAACCUCCCGACGAAGAGAUCAAGGUUGAAAAAGGUCCCAGGUGUAUUGGAAUUUAAAACUAUGCUGUCUUGAUAUAUUAUUACAUUCUCCCCUUUGACAUGUAGAAACGUCUGGCAUUAGACAAAGAAAAAUAACAAAGUCAGAGUGCGAUGUAAAUUGGUAUGAGUUUUGGCCGAUAAAGCUAUCUAGUUUUUCGAUACGACCUUUUGCCAUUCAAACACAUACGUGGUGGUAUAUUACUGUGAUACAACAAAAAUGUCUGUAUUAAUGUGUAAAGUUUACAGUACUAAGGGACUGUACGAUGCAUUGCAUAGUUGCUAUUGGGUGGGGUUGCCAGAGCUUAGAUUGCUUCAAUUGUAAUGACAUUUAUCAUGUACAUAUUAAAAAUAAUCUUAAUUUUCUAGUUUUGAAACAAUCCGUGGAAUGUAUGUUAGGAAGGUCGAGCUUUCAUCUCUUAAAGAUAUGAUCAGAAGUUGGAACACGACAGUUCAAUGGUGGAUGGCUGCUUAUGUCUAUCAACAAUUUCCGUUGAGAAAUAAGUUGGUCAGGUAG